CUUUCAUCUGAACCGUCGUCCACCCAAGAAGCAACAUUUUGGGGAGAGCCUCACACAUUUUGGCUUUUCUCCUGUUCCGUUUGUUUCUAUUUUUCAUUUUUAAUACUACACUCGUUUCUGUAUGCUAACCAUACACUCGCUACGCGUAAUAAUUGCUUGCUGUCGGGGAUAAUAAUUCGAACCCUCUUGAUCCAGUGAACCAAAAGAACCAACGGGAUCGGGAGACAGCCCCCUUCACUCGUUGCUGCAAAAGUUUUUGCCAACUUUUACCCCCGAAUUCGAUCUUGCGAGUUUAGUUUAAGCAUUCUUCAAGCGUCAGAACGACGCCAAGCAUCUUCUUCUGAGUCGUCAGUCCAUUGAUAGGCGCCAGCUUUUGGCCCUUGAUCCCAAGAUGACCUUCAACCUCCCGCCGAUGGGUGGUAGCGGAGGUGCUCAUACGCAACCUUCGUUGCCAUCCCUCCCUGCCCAUCUCCAGUCCGACACUCAUUUGACCGCACAUUUAGCUAGUCGUUUCCAUGUAAAUAUUCCGACGGCUCGUUUAUCCUCACAUGCCCUUAUCUCUCUUAACACAUACACCUCGUCGACGAAAGGCCUCGAUGGCGGAAAGGAAGGGAGCGCCAUGGCCGGCGCCGAAGAUAUGGCCGACAGAGCUUUCCUUAGAUUGGGACAUCGCACUGAAAACCAGGCCGUCCUAUUCUUGGGUGAAUCCGGCUCUGGUAAAACCACAAUUCGAUCCCAUCUUUUGACUUCGCUAUUGAACAAGUCCUCGACGCCGUUGUCUAACAAGAUCUCUCUCGCUGCCUAUGUUUUUGACACACUCACUACGACGAAGACAGCAACAACGCCGACAGCAUCUAAAGCCGGUCUCUUUUACGAGCUCCAAUACGAUACCGCAUCGACGACUAACCCGUUACUAAUUGGUGGAAAGUUGCUAGACCACCGUUUGGAGCGAAGCAGAAUUACCGAAAUUCCGACGGGAGAGCGCAAUUUCCAUGUUCUCUACUACCUCUUGGCCGGAACCAGCGAAGCUGAAAAAACACAUCUUGGUAUCGACACUCCCCGAGAUGCUGCCGGACAGAAGCGAUGGAAGUACCUUGGUCACCCCACACAACUCAAGGUUGGUAUCAACGAUGCCGAAGGAUUUCAACUGUUCAAAACAGCUCUUCGAAAGCUAGAGUUCCCAAGAAGUGAGAUCGCCGAGGUCUGUCAAAUAUUAGCUUGUAUUUUGCAUAUUGGACAGCUUGAGUUUGAGACUACCGCGAGUACCACCGCUACGGCAGAUGACAGUGGUGGUUUCUCGCACGAAGGUGGACAGAACAUCACAGCCGCACGAAACAAGGAUGUAUUGGGAAUUAUCGCUGCUUUCCUCGGUGUCAGCGCGCCGGACCUCCAGAAUACCAUGGGAUAUAAGACCAAGAUGAUUCAUCGAGAACGCGUGACGGUUAUGUUAGACCCGAAAGGCGCUCGUGCCAAUGCCGAUGAGCUAGCUCGAACGUUAUACUCUCUCUUAGUUGCGUAUGUCAUCGAAAAUAUCAACCAGAAAAUAUGCGCUCCCGAAGAGUCGAUCGCGAAUACCGUCAGCAUCAUCGAUUUCCCCGGGUUUUCCCAGCAAUCUUCUACAGGGUCCGCGCUUGAUCAACUUCUCAACAAUGCCGCAGUCGAAUCUCUCUAUAAUUUAACGCUUCAGAACUUCUUCGACCGCAAGGCCGACAUGUUAGAUACCGAAGAGGUUACGGUUCCAGCAACAAGCUAUUUCGAUAAUUCGGAUGCUGUCAAAGGAUUGCUGAAGCCCGGCAAUGGCUUACUUAGUAUUUUGGAUGACCAAACUCGCCGACAUCGUACCGACAUGCAACUUCUGGAGAGUUUAAGGAAGCGAUUUGAGGGCAAGAACCCAGCGAUUAACGUAGGUUCCGCGACGGCCAGAUUACCUGGAAGCAAUUUCUUGUCAGAGAACACGGCAGCAACCUUCACGGUCAAGCACUUUGCCGGUGAAGUUGACUACCCCAUCAAGGGACUCGUCGAGGAAAAUGGCGAGGUCAUUUCUAGCGACGUUAUGAACUUGAUCAAGUCUAGCAAGAGUGAAUUUGUCGCCCGCCUUUUCGGUCAAGAGGCCCUUCAGACUGUUAUGCACCCUCAGGAGAGAACUACUGUUAUGCAAGCAUCCGUCAGCUCCAAGCCCAUGCGGGCACCCAGUGUCAUGUCAAGGAAAACAACACGAACAAUGGGAUCGCGCCGACCACGCAAGCAGGAAUCCGUCGACGAUUUUGCCAGCGAAGCGGGAGAUUUCAGGGGAGACAGCAAAUCGAGAGGCGAAUCCAGGAAACCGAGCAUCCACUCCGAGCAAGGAGCGUCUGGUCAAUUCUUAUCUUCUCUGGAAAACGUAAAGCAAGCCAUCACAGCUCCAAAUACCAACACAUACUUCGUAUUUUGUCUCAAGCCAAACGAUAGACGAAUUGCGAAUCAAUUUGAUAGCAAAUGUGUCCGUACCCAGGUACAGACAUUUGGUAUUGCGGAAAUCAGCCAACGACUAAGAUCAGCCGACUUCAGUUUAUUCCUACCCUUUGGUGAAUUCCUUGGUCUUACCGACGCCGAGACGAUUCUCGUCGGAAGUGAGCGAGAGAAGGCUGAAGCAGUCGCUCAAAACAAACAGUGGCCCAACAAUGAGGUGCAAAUCGGCUCCACCGGUAUAUUCCUUAGCGAGCGCUGCUGGAUGGAGAUUUCACAGUUAGCGGAUGGCGCUUCUGCAUCCCAUCGGUUCGCGUCCGAAGCUGGUGACGGAUUAAGUCCCGGUGACAUUCCUUUUGGGGCUUCAAAAGAGCGGUUGGUUUCAAAUGGUAACACACCACAAUACAGUGACAAGCCCCGAAACGGUUACUUCGGCAGUAACGAUGUCGAUGCCCGUUCCGAUGCUGGUGUCUCGGCAUUUGGUGCUGGCGAUAUGUUCAAGAACCUCGACACCAGAGAACAGAUGGCUGAGCGAGGAAACGAGAAAUCGCUCGUUGAAGUCGAAGAGUACAAGGACAGCCCAAGUCGAAAGCGAUGGGUCUUCAUUGUAUAUUUCAUGACCUGGUUUAUCCCCGAUUUCUUGGUCCGUUGGAUGGGACGAAUGCCCCGUAAGGACGUUCGGAUGGCCUGGCGUGAAAAGGUCGCGAUCAACAUGAUGAUUUGGCUCAGUUGUCUCAUCGCCGCAUUUUUUAUUAUCGCCUUCCCUCAGCUCAUUUGCCCCAAGCAAUAUGUGUUCAGUUCUGAAGAACUUUCUCAGUACAAUGGAAAGGAUGGGAACCAAGCCUACGCAGCGAUUCGUGGUCAAGUCUUCGAUAUCGGCAGCUACGCCCCAUCUCAUUACCCGCCUUACCUCGCUACCAAGUCAAUAACGCAGUAUGGUGGUCUAGAUAUUACCUCGUUAUUCCCAGUCCAGGUAUCGGCUCUCUGCCGAGGCAAGGACGGCACUGUCAACCCCGCUGUCACACUGGACUACAAGUCAACAAACAUCACGGGUUCAGCCAAUGUUGUCAACAGCCAGGAUCUCAACGCUCAUUACCACGAUUUCCGCUCCUUCACUUCUCUGCCCCAGCCAUUCUGGUUCUAUGAGAAGAUGCAAAUGCUGAAGUCUUGGAAGAAAGGCACCAUUGGUUACUCUCCAGAAUACGUGGCCACUCUUGGAACUAAGCAAAAUUCUAUUGCUAUUCUCAAUAGUCGUGUAUAUGACCUAACGAAGUAUCUCCUUGGCGGUCGACACGUCCAAGUCAAGGAAGGCGAAGACGAACCAACUGAUCCCGAUAUCAUUAAUUUCAUGGAUGAUCUUGUUGUGGACCUCUUCCAGCAGAAAGCAGGUUCUGACGUAACCAAGCUUUGGAACGCCCUUGACAUAGACUCCGGUAUGCGUGAGCGCAUGCAACUGUGUCUAGACAAUCUUUUCUACGUCGGUGAUGUUGACACGCGAAACUCAACCAAGUGCCAGUUUGCUCAAUACCUCAUUCUCGCCGUUUCGAUUUUACUAUGUGCCAUCAUCGGAUUCAAGUUCUUUGCUGCCCUUCAAUUCGGAGGUAAGAACAUUCCAGAGAAUUUGGACAAAUUCGUCAUGUGUCAAAUCCCCGCCUAUACCGAAGACGAGGAUUCUUUACGUCGUGCUAUCGACUCAGCCGCCCGUAUGCGAUACGACGACAAGCGCAAACUACUCGUCAUUAUUUGUGACGGUAUGAUUAUCGGUCAAGGUAACGACAGGCCCACUCCGCGCAUCGUUCUCGAUAUUCUUGGUGUAUCCGAGACGGUAGACCCCGAACCUCUAAGCUUCGAAUCUCUCGGCGAAGGUCUUAAGCAACACAACAUGGGUAAAGUCUACUCCGGUCUUUAUGAAGUCCAAGGUCACAUCGUCCCCUUCUUGGUCGUCGUUAAAGUUGGCAAACCGUCCGAAGUAUCCCGCCCCGGAAACCGUGGUAAGCGAGAUUCGCAAAUGAUCAUGAUGCGCUUCCUCAACCGUGUUCAUUACAACAUCGCCAUGAGUCCACUAGAACUAGAGAUGUAUCACCAGAUUCGGAAUAUCAUUGGUGUAAAUCCUACGUUCUACGAGUUCAUGCUUCAGAUCGAUGCCGAUACGGUCGUCGCACCCGACUCAGCUACUCGCAUGGUUUCCUCGUUCCUUGAUGAUACACGGUUGAUUGCUGUCUGUGGUGAAACAGCCCUUACCAACGCCAAGUCUUCCUUCAUUACCAUGAUUCAGGUGUACGAGUACUAUAUUUCACACAACUUGGUCAAAGCCUUCGAGAGUUUGUUCGGUAGCGUUACCUGUUUGCCUGGUUGUUUCUCCAUGUAUCGCAUCCGCGCGGCUGAGACAGGCAAACCCCUCUUUGUCAGCCGUGAAGUCGUGGAAAGCUAUUCGACAAUUCGUGUUGAUACCUUGCAUAUGAAGAACUUGCUGCACUUGGGUGAGGAUCGUUAUUUGACAACCCUACUCCUCAAGUUCCAUUCCAAGUACAAGACAAAGUAUAUCUUCAGUGCUCACGCAUGGACCAUCGCGCCCGACUCCUGGGCGGUUUUCCUCUCGCAGCGUCGUCGUUGGAUUAACUCUACGGUACACAACUUGGUCGAACUUAUUCCUAUGGCUCAACUUUGCGGUUUCUGCUGCUUCAGUAUGCGAUUUAUCGUCUUCGUUGAUUUGCUAUCGACCAUUGUCCAACCUGUCGUCAUUGCUUACAUUGUAUAUCUCAUCGUGAUGGUAGCCACUUCCAACUCCGUCAUCCCGUUGACAGCUUUCGUCAUGCUUGGCGCCAUCUACGGUCUUCAAGCCAUCAUUUUCAUCUUACGUCGCAAGUGGGAAAUGAUCGGAUGGAUGCUUAUGUAUAUCGUAGCUGUUCCUGUCUUCUCAUUCGGGUUGCCUCUAUAUGCUUUCUGGCACAUGGACGACUUCAACUGGGGUAACACACGUGUCGUCGCUGGAGAGAAGGGCAAGAAAGUCGUGGUUACAGAUGAAGGUAAAUUCGACCCUACUUCGAUCCCGCGCAAGAAGUGGGAAGAAUACCAAGCCGAGUUAUGGGACGCACAAACCAGCCGAGGAGAUGAUACUCGGUCUGAGGUCAGUGGUUUCAGUUACGCUACCAAACCUGGUAUGGGCGUAGGCGUUCACGAAUACUACCCAUCGCGACCUGGGUCAACGACCGGCAUGAUCCCACCACCAUACGACCAAAAGAACGCAGCCCACCUUAGUCGAAUGUCGUUUGCUCCGACUGAGAACCGAAUGAGCCAGUUUGGUGGCUCGCAGUUCUUUGGCAACCAAAUGCAUGAAGUGGAAAUGUCCAAUCUCGCGGGCAUGCCAAGCGAUGAUGCAUUAUUAGCAGAAAUACGCGAGAUAUUACGUACAGCAGAUCUAAUGACUGUAACUAAGAAAGGUAUUAAGCAAGAAUUGGAGAGGCGCUUUGGUGUUCCCCUUGAUUCCAAGCGCUUGUAUAUCAACAGCGCAACCGAAGCAUUAUUGUCUGGUCAGUUAUAGACACAGACUACCUUUCUUACCACACUACCGUCUAUCUACAUUGUCAUAUUUCUGCAUAUACUUAGACGGCCAUGUUUUCAUUAGGUUAUCUAUAUAAUAUUGCAUUUUAAAUAUCGUAAGGGAGGGGCAACUCGCCAGCAGGCCAGAUUCCGGGUCGGACAGGGUAUCAAAUCAUCGGAGGUAUGGAGUCAAAAUUUAUUAAAAAGCGGAAAGCAAUGUCAGCCAUCUUGGACAAACAACGAAUGAACAAGAAGAAGCUAAAGCGAUGCUGCUGGGUUCGACGCAUACGCGAAGUAAUAAUGGAAAUAAUAUUGGUUUACAACUCGUCUAUAUGUCAUUUUGAAUCGAUUCGUAGCGAAAUGGAGUAUUGAAAUUUUUAAAUACAUAACUAAUUAAAUUUGUCUUCUUCA